AAAGUGCGUACUUGCGUCGUCGGCCAACGGGAUCUUGUGUGUGCCAUAUCUGUGCCGAUCAGGCAAAGUAUGUAGGAGCGUUUCGGCUCCGUUAUGGAAGGGAAUAAAGAAGAAAGCAAGCGCUGUAUUCAACUGGCACAAACAUACAUUGCACAGGGGCACAAAGAAAAGGCGCUGAAGUUUCUUCGGAAGGCAGAACACCUAUACCCAUCAAAACUCGCUAAAGACCUCAUAGAGCAGCUGCAAAAGCUAAACGGCACGACAAGCUGCGAUAGCAGCACACAGGGAAACAACAACCACCACAAUUCGCGCAGUGCGUCUCCUCAAGGGCCGCCUGCUUCACCAGGGGUACGACAUCGAGCCCGGCCUGCAGGACGUGACAGUUCUGAAGAGCGUCGUGCGGUAGAUUAUACCAAGGAUCAGCUCGAGGCAGUUCGAAGAACGAAGCUGUGCAAAGACUACUACGAGGUGCUCUGUGUGAGUCGAGAUGCAGAUGACGAGUUGCUCAAGAAGCAAUAUCGUAAGCUGGCACUACAAGUGCAUCCCGACAAGAACAAGGCUCCUGGAGCAGGCGAUGCCUUUAAGGCUAUUGGAAAUGCCUAUGCCGUGCUCAGUGACCCUGAAAAGCGGAAGCUGUACGACAUGAAUGGCAAUCGACCGCCUCAGCAGCAGAGCUACACUGGUGACAGCUAUGACUACAGCCGAGGCUUUGAAGGAGACAUAUCUCCGGAGGAGCUUUUCAACAUGUUCUUUGGAAAUGCCUUUUCAAGCAAUGUUUAUGUACGAAGAGGUCCACGUUUUCAGCAUCAAAGGCAGCAGCAUGGCCAUGCAUCAGCAGAGGCACAUGCAGAUAGCAGUUACAGUGUGUUGCUGCAGAUGAUGCCCAUCAUAGUGUUGGUGGGAAUGUCUCUCAUGUCCAGCUUCCUGGUACAAGACCCACCUUACAGCCUCGUCAGAACAGCGAAACAUCAGUACGAGCGUAAGACUAUGAAUUUGCAGCUGUCUUACUAUGUGAAAGAGAACUUCAUGGCAGAGCACAAGAGCAACAUCUACCGAAUAGAAAUGGACGUGGAAGCCGACCACAUAGCGAAUCUACGGAGCUCCUGUUUCCGGGAGAAGAACUACAAAGAGAGCCUGCUUUGGCGAGCCAAAAGCCUACGAGAUGCCAGCUUGGAGGAGCGGGCUCAGGAUUACCAGAUGCCAUCGUGUGACCGGCUGGCCCAAUUGUCGCGCAUGCGUGUCUGACCCUGCUGCAGUGGGUGCACUCCAAAGCCAGGUCCUCCCUGUGUCAGCCCCCGGGAAUACACGGAAGCAGUCACCACUAUUCUGUUACGUCACCUUACAUCUUCUCCAGCUGUUCCUCCUAAGCGCUUGUUUGUGUACAUACAGAGGUUGUCUUGUCUUUGGUUUCUCUUUCAUUGCCUUUUUAUCCCUGCUGGAUGUUCGGCAAGGGUGCAUGGAGUUAGAGGGGACUGCUGGCUGUACAUUACUAUACAUAAAUUGUGAAAUUGAUUAUGGUGAAAGUAUUGCAAGAGAGCUUUUGUGAAUAUGUUAAGUUUUGGAUUGCCUGCAUCUUUUCUGUGAUUCUCUUGCCGUCAUCUGGCAUACAGUGCAAAGGGCAAUUGGUCUCUGUAGCUGAGAGCCUUGUGGAAGUCUCCAGUUCAAGUGCAUACUUUGUUCAUUGCCUGAGAGCACUGUACAGGCCUUUGUACAUUGACAACUGCAUCAAGGUUUUGGCUUGUGACCUAUUUGGUGACGGUUUUCAAAUGUGGCACAAUUGAUUGUGUGUUGAUGGUCGUUAAUUUUAUAUGGUACACAAUUGGUGUGUGCAUUGAGUGGUCUGUGCUACACUUGUUAAUAAGGCAUAUGACUCUGGUCUCAAUGACACACUAUCAGUUAGUAUUUGAGUCAGUGUGAGGAGAAUGCGAGAUCAUUUGAGCACAAUAUUCAAUUAGAUCUCGCGUUGCAGCAUUGGCUGUGCAGUUGCCAUAACUUGCAGGCAUGACAGUACUGGUGUGUUGCUAAACUUUGCUGUAUUGUGUACCAUUUUGGCCAGCUUUUUUUUUUUUUUACCUUUCUUUCUGGUGAAGAAUUUUCUCAGCUAUUUGAGCAUAAGUAUAUUUUCAUUCUUGUAAAAAAGAAAUUGGGAUGGGAAGCUGGUAAAGAAAAGCAAUGGUGCACUUAAAGAUGUGAGCAUUUUCGGUGUGUUGGUUUUAGACGUGAUGCAGCAGCAGUUGCUCUCCCCACACUUUCAUACAUGCUGGGUGUCACUGUAGAUGUACACCUCUUGCGAUGUUUUUUUUUUUUUAGCGUGUGUAGCAUAAGCAAGUGCAGUGCAGGGGUGUCACAUUGAAGUGAUAGACAACACAAGGUGCGACUGCUUCAGCUACACCUUGUGCUGGCUUGACCGUAUAUGGAAAACAGUGGUGUGUGUGUGUGCGUUGAUGUGGGUUGGGCACCGAUGAGGUUCAGGAGGGUGCAACUUUGCAUCUAAUGAUAACAAAGAGCAUAUACUGCAUUAUCAAUGAGCGGGAUUGCCUUUGUGCAAGGUCCUGCAACAUUGGUGUGGUACUAUCUGGAGGCUGCUGUCUCAUCCUUUUUAUGUGCAGUUGGAGUGUUCAAUCUGCUUGUGGAUGCAAUUGCAUGCAGCCUUUUUUACUGCAUUGUCAGAAGAUGUAGCUUCUUAUCGUGCAAAAAAGGCGCAUUGUUUAUAAAGUGCGCUGUUGUUGAGCUUGUGAAGAAUGCAUUGCGUGUAAAUAGAGGAAUUAUUGGAGUCUACCAUGAAAUAAGUUUACGGCUGCAAGAACUCGAGAAGAGACAUUUGCCUUUGCUUGGUUGUUUUUAGUCUCACCGUCUCCCUUUCCCAGUUUUGCUCCUUUUAUUCAUCAUGGAGUGGAGGCAAGUGGACAGCACUGCACACUUUGCCAUGCAUUGAGUAGCUGUUGGCUCUAGGAUUUGUCUUUUUUGGCGGUUGAUGUGCAGCGUAAGCCCUGCUUUUCAUGGAAAAAUGAAGGUAGAUUGAAAAGAGUUCGGCAUGCGAGCACAUUUUGAUCAAUAAAUAUAUGACGAAGGUUUAA